AUGUUGAGGAAGAUAUUUGCAGCCAAGAAUAUAUUUGCACAAGACCAAAUGCUAGCUGAACACAUUGGUAUGUCUAUUAAAACUUUAUAUCUUCAUCUUAUCGGGGACAGGCCUAGAAUGCCAUGGAAAUGUAUGAUGAUCUCAAAUGGGGCAAAACCAAAGGCCCUGCUUUCACUAUGGCUGCAAAUACAAGAUAGACUCAUGACAACAGAUAGAUUAGUUGGCUGGGGGAUAAAUGUGGAUCCGUACUGCAAACUGUGCACAAACCAACUUGAAACUAGAGCACAUUUGUUUGUACACUAUGAAUACUCAAAGAAAGUGUGGACAAGGCUGCUCAAGUGGCUCCAGAUCCUAAGCUUAGCUGCUACUACAUGGGAGAGUCACCUGCAAUGGAUCAUCACCAAAGCCAAAGGCAAGUCAAAAGCUGCUCAAUUAUUUAGAAUGGCCUAUGCAGAAUUUGUUCAUGCGGUUUGGCUAGAGAGAAAUCAGAAGACCUUUGAAGAUAGAAAAAGGGACUGGACUGUGUUAGCUAGAGAAAUUGCUUAUAUUUGUAAUGUUAGGGCACCCUUGGGUCUGAGGACUAGAUUACAAUAG